AUGGAGGGCGCAGGCACCGCUGUCCGAGGAGCAGAGAUGGGCCCGAGGGGCGCAGCCGCGGCGGCCGUGGCGCUGUGGGUCUUGCUGACGGCGGGCGAGGCGGCGGACCCUGGCGUGGCGACGCCCCGGCGCUGCCUCCUGUCACACUACCGCUCGCUGGACCCCAGGGCGCUGGCGGCCGUCAAGGCGCUGAGGGACCGCUACGAGGAGGAGACGCUGAGCUGGAGGCCGCGCAACUGCUCCUUCAGCCCGAGGAGGGAUCCUCCGCGGCCCUGGUCGUGCGCGCGCCUCCGCCUCGUGGUCCGGGGCCUGGCGGACGCCCAGGCGGUGCUGAGCCGCCUGCAGAGCCCCGAGCGGUUCCCCGGCACCGGCCCGACCCUGGAGCUGCUGGCGGCCGCGCGGCGGGACGUGGGGGCCUGCCUCGAGCUGGUGCGGCCAGGCUCGUGGAGGAAGUCCCUGCGGCCACCGAGGAGGCGUCCCCAAACACGGAGAGCUGACUCGCCUCGGUGCCACGAAGCCAGCGUCAUCUUCAACCUCCUGCGCCUGCUCACGUGGGACCUGAAGCUGGUGGCGAACUCGGGGCCUUGUCUCUGA